AUAGUCGUAUGCUUAUUUGAGGAUGCAAGUCUGUAUGUUAACGUAGAGCGUCUGCAUCGACAAUUUAAGUAAAGCUUUUAUACUUGCGGUUCAUCGAGGAGCAAUGCCGGACACACAAAGCGGGCCUCAAGAUCCAGCAUCACCGGGUGUCGACACGGAAGCUCUUUUCUUGAAGUCUUUGAUCGCAGUAUUCAAAGAUCAUCGCAAUGUCUUGGCCCGUUUACCCGAACUAAUGGAACAGUGCCUUAAGACGGAACCACUAAAUCCAGACCUGGCUGAAUCACGAUCCAAAGGGGAAAGCAGGGAUGGUGACGCAGAAAGGUUAGCAGAAAGGAAACGAAGCGAUUUGGAACGAAAGUUGGAAUCCAUGGAGUUCGACAUAAACGUAAAGACUAAGAGAAUCAAAGCUUUGGACGAAACAAUCAAAGACAAGACUGCGACACUAGAGGCAAUGAAGAGCGAAGAAAACGCAAUAAUAUUAACAAAAGACAGGAGGUCAGUGGAAAGGGAGUUAAAGAAGAAGGACAAACUACUAGAAGAAAGCGAGAGGAAAGCAAAAUAUCUGGAAGAAGAAUGUUUGAAGCUUAAAAAGGAACUAGAGAAGAAGGAGAAGGAAAUAUCAGAAACAGGGAAAGUACAAGAGGAAAGAUGUUUGAAGCUUAAAAAGGAACUAGAGAAGAAAGAAAAGGAAAUAUCAGAAACGGGGAAAGUACAAGAGGAAAGGAUUUCUGCAAUUAAAAACGAGUCAGAGAACAAGGUCAAGGAAAUGUCAGACAAAGCCCAAGAUCUGGAGAAUCAGUUGCUGAAGGAAAAAGAUGAGUUGCAACGAAUGUAUGGUGAAUACGGGAAGGCUAUUAGCACACACAAUUCUAGCUAUGACGCCGUGCUGAACGAGCUUGCAGCCAAGGACAAGGAAAUUCAAGAAUACAUGGAGAGUUUGUCAAAGAUGAAAGAAGAGCUUAGAAAUGCCCACGCGAAAGUGAACCUCUACAAAUCCAGGCUGGCCUCGCUUAGUGAAAAGCGAGUAAAGCAAGACCAGAGGUUAGUCGAAGACACUCUUAGCUCGAACAGGCAGUCUGAACUGGAAAAAGACUUUGCGACUUUUUUCGAUGAGGAGAGGAUGGAUGCGUGCGACAAAAUGCAGUCCAUAUAUCAGAACAAAGAGGACACCUUUGUCUACAUUUAUUAUCCACGGCUAGCCUGUAUCAUAUUCGAGGUAAUUAAACCGCUGUUGAUAUGUUGCUAAGAGUAAUUGCUAACUAGAUGACCCUCUGCAAAGAAAUAAAAUGCAAUCAAAACAUCGUUUUUUAUCAGGAAACGUAACCUGGCAAAGGUGAAAGUAUUUGGGAAAAAGAGAGGAAAGGAAACUUUCAACAAGUUUACGAUAAAGGGAAAAGGCGAUGAAUACGGAUGCCAAAGAGACACGCGGGAUUAAGCGAGCUCUCAGAAUAAAUAGGAACAAACGUUCUUUUGGAUUCCUUGCCCACACUUAAUGUUUUUUUAUUUAUGCAUUUUCCUUGUUACGUUUUGGCUUUCGCUGACACAGAUGUGAUUUGAACACGCUAAAUGUUUUGAUCAAAAACGCAUACAUUUGAGAACGUUAUUUAGUGGAAGCAUGAAACGUUUUCAUAUCAGUGUAGACAAUAGGGGAAGUCGUAUCAACGAAAACGACCCCAGUGGCAUACGG